UCUACAUUCAAACAUUCGAGCUGCUGAUUUUUUAUGACGUCGCGCACAGCAGUGGAAGGGAAACCCGGACAAUAUUUCUCCCCGUGAAUUAUUGACGUUUGCUCGUUCGCUGCUGAAGCAUCUUGUAUCUACUGCUGUCUGGCUCUGAGAGCGCACAGACCAAAAAAUGCACGAGUGGGGAAGUUAAGACAUGCCAGUCCAGAUUUCUCCCGAGAUCUCACCGAGCAGGUUAUACGUGUUUUUAAAAAAGAAAAACAUCCUGCUACAUAUCUACACAAGAAAAUCAAGCAGCACUGGAGGGUGAACUGCAUGCAGAGACUACAGACGUUCCACUGUUGUUGGCUGCAUCGCAUGUCAUCUUCUUCAACCACCAGGCGGUCUCCUACAGUACAUAAACAUCCACGCUCUGUAGACAGGCCUGUGUGAUAGCGUCUCCAUCAUGAGGCUUCUGUUGAAGAACCUGGAUAAAAUGAGAUGUUUACGUAAGCGCUCCACCAUCCCCUUUUUGGUGAUUCUCAUCACCUUUCUGCUCUUCAUGAACCUCUACAUGGAGGAUGGCUAUGUGCUGGAGGAGGAUAAACGGCAGCUGAGGGAGGUCUCGAUGCACCCCUUAAAUUCUGAGCGAUAUGUUCACACCUUCAAAGACAUCACCAAUUUUUCUGGAACCAUUAAUGUGACAUAUCGCUACCUUGCUGGGACGCCUUUGCCUCGAAAAAAGUACCUCACGAUUGGAUUGUCAUCAGUGAAAAGAAAACGAGGAAAUUACCUUUUGGAGACCAUCAAGUCCAUUUUUGAUCAGUCCAGCUAUGAAGAGCUCAAAGAAAUUGUUGUUGUAGUUCACUUAGCAGAUUUUGACCUGGCUUGGUGUGAGAGUUUGGUUCAGGAGAUAACCCGCAAAUUUGGGCAUCACAUCAUAGCAGGACGUCUACUGGUAAUUCACGCACCCGAGGAAUAUUACCCGUCUCUUGAUGGGCUGAAGCGAAACUACAAUGACCCUGAGGAUAGAGUUCGAUUCCGUUCCAAGCAGAAUGUAGACUAUGCGUUCCUGCUCAACUUCUGCACCAACCUCUCCCACUUCUAUAUGAUGCUGGAGGAUGAUGUGCGAUGCUCAAGGAAUUUUCUUACUGCUCUAAAGAAAGUAGUCACUUCCAGAGAGGGGUCUUACUGGGUCACACUGGAGUUCUCCAAACUGGGAUACAUCGGGAAGCUUUACCACUCUAGAGAUCUUCCCAGACUUGCACACUUUUUGCUCAUGUUCUAUCAGGAGAUGCCCUGUGAUUGGCUGCUGAUUCAUUUCAGAGGCCUCUUGGCCCAAAAGGAAGUCAUCCGAUUUAAACCAUCGCUUUUCCAACACAUGGGCUACUACUCGUCAUACAAAGGGGCUGAGAAUAAACUGAAGGAUGAUGACUUUGAGGAGGACUCUCUCGAUAUUCCAGACAAUCCCCCUGCCACACUGUACACUAAUAUCAAUGUGUUUGAGAGCUAUGAUGCUGCUAAAGCUUACAGUAGUGUGGAUGAGUACUUUUGGGGCAAAGCUCCAUCUACCGGGGAUUUUUAUGUCAUAGUGUUCAAUAAACCGACAAAAAUCAGCAAAAUUAAGAUCAGCACUGGAACAGAUGACCGUCAGAAUGACAUAUUGCAUCAUGGAGCCUUAGAAGUUGGAGAGAAAUUGGUGGGUACAAAAAAAGGCAGGCAGUGCUCCUCCUACAUCACAUUAGGAGAGUUUAAGCAUGGGAACAUUGAGGUUCACAAUGUGGAUCAUAAAAUAGCUUUUGAUAUUGAGUGUGUUCGCAUCGUGGUCACAGCAAACCAGAAGGAAUGGCUGAUCAUCAGAAGUAUAAGCCUGUGGACUACUCAACCUCCAAAUCAAUGAGAACUGCUGUGGAUCAUUACAACAACUAUCACACAAAAGGCACAACAAUCGGUCAUUCAGUUUGCUUGGUAUAUAUUUAUCUAUUUAUUUUUUGGGUUUCUUAUCUAUUUAUUACGUUUAAUAUUUAUUUGAUUAUUUAUAACUUUUUUUAUAUAAUAACCCUUUGGUUUUGCUUCAUUCCUUAAGUAUGUAUAAAAAAGUAUGUGAUGAACUGAUAGAUUGAUUGAUAUUUUUCUGACUCUCCAUUAAUAAGAACACUGUAGGCUUAUGCUGUUUUUUAUGUGAUUAUGCCAUGAUCUCUUCAGCAGUCUAACUGCUGGUUCCGUCAUUUGGCAGUGGCAUUUUCACUCAUAGCCUUGGGACGUCCACUUACAUACUCAUGAUGAAGCUGCUUGAUAAAUUGUAACCAUACAAAGAAUUUUUUUUUGAGAUUUCAUUUUGUCCUAUUUAUUUUUAACCACUUACAUCCCGUCUGCAAGCAUAUGGUCAAUGUGGCAUUGAAUAUACAAUGUAUUGUGGCAUGAAUUUAGUCGACUGCACUUCACAUUGUCUCCCCACUAAAUGGUAAAAGGAAUGUCAUUUGUUCCAUCGACCUUGGGCCUGAAGGGUCACCUUUAGUCUAGUGUUUUGAAAUUGCAGUGUGUAAUUUGUUGGUGUGUUCCUUCUGAAGCAUGGACCAAAGCACAGUAUUUAUAUUCGCCCGUCUUAGACGGCUUGUGAUUGAACAGUACAGUGACAAAUGAGGCGGACCUGUUCUACCUUCCGCUCAUUCUUUUUACCCCUCUUCUGCUUCAGCACAAUUUUGCCCAAGUAAAUUGGAUUUUGUUUGGUUUUCUUGCUGUAUCCAAAGAUACACCAGGGGGCUCUGUAUUCUCUGAAAUUAAUCCAUAUAUAAAAAAAAUUGAGCAUGAUUAUCUAAAAUAUAGUAAUGUUAUGCUCAAAAAUAACAGUAUUAUGGUAGAGUAGUAGGGAAAAAUCUCUUCACUCCCAUCUUACACAAUGUGCAUAACAGUUUACUCCAUUCUUAAUCAUGUGAAUGAUUUUUUUUCCCUUUCUGGAUAAACUAAUUUUUAUCCUAGCAACAAGGCAAGUAUUAUUACAAAACAGUCUUUAUUUCAGUUGUUAUUUUUCUCCCAAGAAAAAGCACAGGUCCUGUUUCAGAGAGCAACCUGAGGAACUGAUGCUUUGGUUUGGCAAUUGUAUUAUACGAUUACUGGAAGGUGUUUGUUGAGUCAAUAAUGAAACACAGAAAAACACAUCACUCAACAGUGCAUGAGCGAGGAAAGAAUUGCAUCGAGAGUAAUCCUGUUGUUUGUUUUAAAGUUUUAUUACAUGUCUCCAAACUGUCUGCUUUGAAUUUGACCAGCAACGUACUGUACAUGGUUUGGUAUAAUUGGUCCAAAUACUACUGCAC